AUGGCUGGUCGCACAUCCAGCGCCACACUUCGUACCAAGACAGGAUGUUUUACAUGUCGUGCGCGGCGCAAAAAGUGUACUGAGGAAAAGCCUCGGUGCCAGAAAUGCACAAAGUCGAAGCGGCCUUGCCAGUGGCCAAACGAAGCGGACCUAAUCGAUCGUCGGAAUCGACGGGCUUCAAGUUCGCCGUCCUCGGCUGCUGCGUCUCCCAAUGUUUUAUCUGAUGAAGAAAGUACUCCAUCACAAGGCGAUGACUUCUUGACGCUGGAGAAGCACCCUUUCUUUGUGUGCCGCGAGAUUUCAGUCUGGUCUGACCCAAUUAGUGCACAAGUAUUCAAAUCAGAUCUCGAGCUUGCUUGCUUUCAGAAAUUCAUGAAAGACAUGUUACCGAUAGUCAUUCUUUCAAACUCUCAUGCAGGGUUUCAGGCACAGCAUUUACCGGAGCUGGUAGAGAUGAUGGUCGACUUUGGUGGUCUGAAGAACAUAGCACUAGCUUGUGGCGCAACACGCAUCGCCGCCUUGUCUGAAGUUCCCGAGUUGAGUGCAGCCGGAUUGAGCUUCUAUGCAGCCGCCGUCACUCAAGUGAAUCAUGCCCUGGUCAAGGUCGACUGGAGUAAUAAAGAAUCUGAUGAUGCUAUCCUGAUUGCAGUUAUCUUCUUGUACAUUCACGGGGUAUUUUCAGUUGACACGAAUAAGGACAUUAUCAAGCAUCUCCGCGGUGCCAUUCAGUUAAUGAAGCUCCGUUGUGCGCAAUCUUCACGGUCCCCCAUGAGACGUCCGAUACAUCGCAUAAUAUGGGAGAGUAUUUUGUAUCAGGUCUUCCGGCAGGCAGUGAGGCAUCCCUUCCGGAGGGAUUUCCAGCCUGACCUUGAGUUUUGUGACACGGCAUUCCAGGUGCUGGGGUCUUUGACAUUUCCUGAAGCCUCACCCAGAGACAACAGUCCUGUCAUUGGAAUCCCCAUAGAGCUUUUCGAUUUCAUAAUGCGAGUGUCCCAACUCAGUCGAAUUCAAGGCACGCCAGACCCAGAAGAGUUAAAGAGGCUUGGGAAAGAAGUGAAAGAGUGGGAGAGGAUGAUUAUCGAUGAGACGGAUUGCUCAAACGCAGAGUCUGCAUCUCAUGAUGUCUCGACUCCCACUGGGAGAAGCGAGGUGUUCCAUGGGCAUUCAAUCAGCCUUCAUGUCCUGGCGACAUCGCUUCUUCUAACCUGGCUAAAGACAUCUCAGGAAACUUCUGCUCGUAUAGAUUAUAUGAAUCUUCCUCCAACGAACAACACAUGGCAGCUUCGAAGAGCGCUGCGGAUAUUGAGUUGCCCACAAGCAAGCAAGGAAUGGUCAAAAUGCUAUCUGGGACCUUGGCCAGCACUAAUAUUUGGAUAUGCUGUGGAUAACCCUGAUGAUGUUGCGGUGGUCCGACAUGACUUGCAGCAGAGACUAGUGAACUUGCGCUGUGAUGAUGAUUUAUUGCUUUUGUACGAGCUAGAAGAAGUAUGGCGCAGGCGAGGUAUAGACGGCAUGGAAUGA